GAACCCAGGCCUUAUCGGAUAAUUCCCUAUCGCAGAAACAGCAGGUUCACUGGCCGGAAAGAUCUCAUUGAGUCGAUAAAAAGGCUCUCCCAGGGGAAAGCCCACAACCGGAUCGCACUUCAUGGCCUGGGUGGCUCUGGGUAUGCACUCCUCAUUGGUAUUUCGGGGGUCAUCUAACCUUGCUUAGAAAGACUCAGAUUGCCCUCGAAUUCGUUUAUCAGCGCGCAAGCGAGAGAGACUGUGAUGUUUUCUGGGUGCACGGGGGUGGGGUGCAAAAGUUUAGAGAGGGUUUCACAGCUAUUGCACAACAUGUUCGAAUUCCGCUAGCCAGCGCCGAGACGGACCAAGAGGGAUUCCUGUUAAAUAUAAAGAGGUGGUUUGAAGGUCCAGCUAGUGGGGAUUGGAUCCUGGUUAUUGACAACGCCGACAACGAGGAGGACUUUACCGGCAACAGUGGCCCCAUCUCCAAAUUUGUACCACAAGGGCCACGGGGUACUCUAGUAUUCACCACCAGAUCUCUCCGGGUUGCAUCCUGGCAAGAUUGUGAAAGAAUAGUUAUUGGAAAGAUGGAGGAGGAUGAGGCGCGAGCCUUGUUCACGAGACGUUUGGGUAACCCGGACAGUGCGGAUGAGGAAGAAAAAGACGCCGUCACCAGGAUCCUGGAAUCCGUGCAUCACAUCCCACUGGCUAUCGUUGGUGCAGCGGCCUUCAUGACAGAAACUCAAACACCGCCAUCCACUUACUGGACCAUUUCCCAAGCAAGCGACGAACGAGCAAAGAAUCUCCUUUCACAGCCAUUUUGGGACAUCCAACGGGAGGCGGAUCUAACUGAAAGCACCCUUGCGACGUACUUUGUUACCUUUGACCAGAUCACCCGCCAGAUGCUCUUAGCUGCAGAUCUUCUGCGCCUAAUCGUGUGCUUCGAUCGCCAGAACAUACCCGAACAGCUAUUGACCCAAAGUGGUUUGGAAGGGAUAGAUGACCCAGUUCGGUUUCGUCAAGCCAUUGGAACGCUAUUAGGAUUUUCACUAGUUACGGCAGUCAAACGUGAGGACAAGACAUUUUACGAGCUUCACCGUCUGGUGCAACUGUCUUUACAACUGUAUUUACCACCCGAAGAGUUG